AAGAUCUAUGCUUUGAGAUUAAGCUUAGUUCAUAGCCCAAAGAUCUUCCAGCUGGUUUCUUCCCUCAAGCGAUGAGAUGAGCAGAUCGCAGAACUAGAUGGACCCAGUUUGCAGACACAUCAGAGUGGCACAGCGUGGCGAGAAUCCCAUGGUGCGAUCCUCCCCCUCUUUCUCUCUCUUCCUGCAUCACUAUUUUUAUACAGCACUUGCCCAUUUCUUUCUCUCAUGCACUUGUCUUCCUCCUCAUCGCACCUCCUGUAUUGCUCCACUGCUCCAUUUACAUCCCUCCCUCUUUCUCUCUCGUACAUCCCUCGUGACUUCUCCUUCUCAUAUUGUCCUUUCUUCACAGUCACCUGUCCUCAAACUCCACUCGCCAUCCUCACCCUACAAGAACGACUUCCCCUUGCAUUGCCUCUUAGGCUUUGAUCUCUCCCUUCUAUAUAUUUAUAGAUCGCCCAGAAUUCGAGGGACACAAAUAGCCAAAAGAUGUCCAGCAGGAGAUCCCGAUCGAGGCAGUCCAGCUCGGGAAGGAUCACCGACCAACAGAUCGACGACCUCAUGUCGAAGCUGCAAUCGCUUCUCCAUGAAGCACGACUUGGGAGCCACGACAGGGCUUCAGCAGCGAAGGUGUUGCAGGAUACGUGCAGCUACAUCAGAAGCUUGCAUCGGGAGGUCGACGACUUGAGUGAGAGGCUGUCGGAGUUGCUCGACGCUGCAGGCGUAAGUAGCGAUCAAGCCGCGAGCAUUAGGAGCCUGUUCAUGUGAAACGAUCUAUGCUACAUGCAUAGUUCAUAUACCAUUCACGAGAGUAGCACUCAACUACAUUACUGUUGAGGAACAUGAAAUCGAAACUCAUUUCAGGGAGUUAUCUGAUGCAUCGAACCGUGCUUCAUCUUUCUUGCAUGAACGAUCGUAGUACUCAUCUCGCAAGUUCUAAGCUUCAAUCAUCGGCCACCACUAAAUUGCAAUUGACAGUUUAAGGGCACUUGGUAAGGGAAAUGUUCGCCUUCGAUACACGAGCUGUGCAGAUCGAUCAUGUCAGAAAUUAUUUUCCACAUAUAUAUUCUUUUACUGCAUGUCAACACAAUGCGCGAGAUUAGACUCCUCUCUCUCUCUCUCUCUCUCUCUACUACAUGGGGAGCAAAAGACACUGGAGCUCGUUUCGAUCUAGACACUCGCGCACCUUCGCGCAUCAGCAACCAUCUCAAGAGGGGCUCUCACGCCUCAUCAAGGCUCCAAUCUCGGACCAAGUCGAGCUGAUCCACCACCUCAACGAAGGUCGACGACGCCAAAAGCUACGAACAAUCAUAGUCAUCUUCGUGCAUCACCAACCAUCUCAAGAGGGGCUUUGGCACCUCGUCAAGGCUGUAAUCUCGAACCAGGUCGAGCUGAUCCACAACCUCUACAAAGGUCACCGGCACCAAAAGCUAACAACAAUCAUCAGCAGUGUGAUGAAUAUACAAUCAAAUUCAUACGAACUUGCCUCGUAGAUGCAUGGACUUGAUCAUGGCUCGAGAUCACUUUAGGACCGAAACAUGCAAUCCAUCAAGGACAACAUUAUUUCUUGGGAACCAAAUCUUAGAACGACACUGACAAAACAGCAAGUCUUCAUCCCCUAUCCUCUUCUUGAUUGCAAGAAGUGCAAACAUGCCGAGAUUGUGUAAAGUCUUUUUCACAUGG